AGAUGGCAAGCGGCAAGAAAUUGUAUCGCCUCGAGCAGAAAAAUUUGAUGCUGGUACGGAAAACGAAGUCCUGACAUUUGGGUUGGAUCCAUCGUCAUCACGUCUUGUUGUGUGUGACAACGACAAGCAAAUACACGUUUGGAUUGAAGUCAAUCAUGAAUGGAAGCAUAAUAGUUGUCGGUCUCUUCAACGACGUUGCAUGUCCAUGACAUUUUCAUCGAAUGGUGAAACGGUUGUUGUGGGUGAUAAGUCAGGAGACGUUCUUGCAUAUUCCCUAAACAAUCCUGAGGAGAAAGGAAGCCUGUUGCUUGGCCAUCUUUCAAUGAUUCUAGACUUGACAUUUUCUCCUGACAACAACUUUGUGAUCACAUGUGAUAGAGAUGAAAAGAUAAGAGUGAGUCACUACCCAAAUGCCUACAACAUUGAGAGCUUUUGCCUGGGUCACACUGAGUUUGUGAGCUGCUUAUGUCUAUUGCCAGAUCACGAUCAGGUCUUGGUGAGUGGAUCAGGCGAUGGCACGCUCAGACUUUGGAAUUACCAAUCAGGAGAUCAACACCAAGUAAUAGACUGCAGUGAAGCAAUAGGAAGACUCAAUGAUAAACAAAGCACCCACACAGAACCCGGCAAAGCAACGGCCAUAGUACAUUUCAUUAGAGCAACAAAGAUUGGUGGCGCCAUCUACCUAGCAGUUGCCUUAGAUGGAUUGUGCACAAUUCUGAUUCUGACGAUCUCUGCGUCCUUGCGAUGUGAGUGCAAGCAGAUCAUCGAAACAGUUGCUCCAAUAACUGACCUGCAGUUUGAUAGUACUGGCAAGCUGUGGGUCGUGCUGAUGGAUCGUAUACGGCCACUGUGUGUAUAUGGGUUGGAUGACGGUGGUAAGUUUGCAUGCUGUGAGUCGUCAUGCACUGCUGUAGACAAGGAAAUACUCGCCUCCCACCUCGUGCAAGAUCUGAAGUUUCUUACAGAUUUAAUGACGACAAAGAGCCGAUACUCGUUGCUGUGGAAGGUAAAAGUGGACAAUGUCAGCGACUACAUCAGAAGAAAGCAGGACCGAUUAAAUACCGGGAAACAAAAUCAGCACAUUCCCGGUGCAACACCGAUAGUCCCUAGCAAUGAGUCUGUUAGUGAUUGUACGACUGAUGCUGGUAAGGCUCACACAGACUGUGAGAGCAUGAAUGUGGCUCUAGAAAAAUGCAAUGCAUCUAUAGAGUGUGAACCAGAGAUGAAGCGGUUAAAAACGUAGAUAUUAGUAAAACAUCCGCUCGAUUCCGUAGUUAUUCUAAAACUUGCCAUGCAGAAACAAAUUUGUAAUCUGAAGUUUAUAAUAUUAGAUGUGAACAGUAAUACUCCACGACAAGUCGAUCAUGUAUUCCAGAUAAAACGUUUAUAAUUUGAAGUACACGUGUGGGUCAAACUGUCUAAUGCGACACGCUGGUAUGUUGACACUUACUAAAGGUGACCUACCUGCUGUGUUGGCAGCUGGCUUCAUAUUAUUUACAUUCAUUUUAUUAACGACAAUUUAGCACGGCACACAUUCAGUAGAAAACCUGACUCGUUUUUGUGAAAGGUUUCAUAAGCCAGUUUUCGUAUCGUAUCGUGUGUAAAGUGGUCAUGAACUAAAAAUUACAUAUGUGCAAUUUUACAUAAUCAGA